AGUAAACAUUGAUACGACCGAGAGGAUGCAGUUGACGUGUCUUUACGUGUUUCUGUGAAAGGGGGCUCCGCCGUCUUCUCUCCCAUCUGGACUGUUCGAUUCCGCGCAGAGAAGAAGACUUUGAACGCGGAGUCUGAAAGCUUCAUCAAAUCCUACAAAUCAACAUACGCAUUCAUGUACAUCCAUACUUCCAUACUUUUCAUUCAUCAUAUAUAAGAAAAAAAGCAUUUUUUUUUUGCUUAAAGUAAUGGGGACGCCGGCAAUUCCAAAUCUGGGAGAACAGUGCUCUGUUAAUGAUUGUAAGCUCAUAGAUUUCCUUCCUUUCACCUGCGAUUGCUGCAACAAGGUUUUUUGUCUAGAACACCGGAGUUACAGUACACAUGAAUGCCCAAAUGCUAAUAAAAACGACAUAACAGUUGUCAUCUGUCCACUCUGUGCAAAGGGAGUUCAUUUAGUCCCAAAUCAAGAUCCAAACAUCACAUGGGAAUCACACGUGAACACAGAUUGUGAUCCAUCAAAUUACGAAAAAGCCACCAAGAAAAAGAAAUGUCCAGUUCGUGGCUGUAAAGAAAUCCUCACAUUCUCAAACACAAUCAAAUGUCGCGACUGCACCAUUGACCACUGCCUAAAACACCGGUUCGGACCCGACCACACUUGCCCUGGCCCUAAAAAACCCGAACCCACUUUCCCAUUUUGGGGAUACGGGAACCCGGAUCGCAAAAAGCAAAACCCACCACCAAAACAGGCGACCCAUGGAUCCGGAUCCGGAUCUGGAUCGAAAUGGGCUAAUGGUUUCUUGAAGGCGGCUUCAUCUGUUAAGGCUUCUGCUGGAGCUGGAAUAGUGAAAUGGGGUAAUGAUAUUGGGCAAGUGUUUCAGGGUGGGAAAGAUGGAGAGGGUGGUUCCAGUGGUGGUGACAGGGUGGGGCAAAUGGAGGUGUGUCCUGUUUGUAAUAUGAAGUUUUCUAGGGUUGGAGAUUUGAUAGAUCAUGUGCAGAAAGUUCAUGAGAAGAAAGAGGUGAUGAAGGUGACAUUAGAUGUGUGUCCAAAGUGUAGUAAAGGGUUUCGUGAUCCUGUUGCACUUGUGGAGCAUGUUGAAAGAGAACAUAGAGGUACUUCCAAAGCUUAGAGAUCGUUAUUUCUUUUAUUCCAUUGUCAAUUUGUUAUUUGCAAACCAUAUUUGUUACUCUUCCUCGUUUUUCCAUAUCAUUAUUUUUGUGAAGGAAACCGUGAAGAUGAAUUGUCUUGUUUUAGAUAUAGAAUCAUUUGUGUCUCAA